AUGACAUUCAAUUUUCUCUGCAUCGGUUCCGCCGUUCUGGCGGUGGCCACAUCCUCACAGGCCGUGCACGCGUUGGAGAGGAAUCUAGCGGGCUCCAUCGAGAACGAUGCGAUGACCAGCGCUUCUCUCCUGUCGGAGGAUCAGAUGACGGUGACUUCAGCUUUGCAAUUGAAAUUGGACACCUGGUGCACCGAGGAGUUUGCACGGCUCUGUGCUACAAAUUUGCCCACAUUCUGUAAUCACAAAGCUGUAGCACGUUUUGGUAAAGGCAAUAAAAGUCAAAAAAACGACGUGUGGCGAUGUUAUGAACCCAGUAAGCUGCAAUCCACCAAACGAGAAGUGCAGUGCGUUGAUAACUGUGGGAAUUACGUUCCCUGCCUCGGGUCCGUUAACCCAUCAACAACGAUCCAUGCUUCCCGCCAUUCAGAAAUCUUGAACUUCCUUCAGCAGCAGGUCUCGCACUUCUGCAGUCCGAUUCAGAAGGCGGCGGAUGACUUUUGCAACCGCAAAACAAAGGGAAGCGUGGCCAGGAAGGCGCUUGCACAUGCCGGUCAAUCAGCAGGAGGGUGGAAUUGCGAGAACACGGGCAAUUUGACGUUCGAGACUGUGGGCUUGUGUGCGGACAAUUGCGGGAAGGACGAGGAAUGCGUCGGCGGUCCAAACAGUAAGCACGGAACAGAUACCAACCCUCAUGGCGAAGACAGCGACCUCAACACCUUCGUAAAACAGCAGUCGAACGGCUGUUCUUCAGGUGGUGGUUGCCUAUCGACCCCCGUUAAUCCUCCCUUAUGCUUGGAUGGAGUCGAAUCCGGGACACAUGCUGAGAGUGCCACAGAAUCAGAUCAUGAUAGAAUUGGUGAAAUAGAAUUUCUGUGUAGGGGGGAUAACGAACCCAGCUGCUCUCAAAUAACAAAGCAAAAAAUGCUGUGCCCUGCGUCAUCGGGAACAGGUGGUUUUCAAUGCCUCGCUGCAGCCGAACCAGGAAGCAUGCUGCACACGGCAAAACUGAAAGACUGCAUUCUUUGUAAGAGGUAG